AUGCCUAUCAUGGAGACCGUUACGAUCAUCAACAAGUCAGGCAAGGUCGUCAGCACUGGCAAACACCUGGCCAAUAUUUUCAAAGAUGCAAAGAGUGCAUAUAAUGAGAAGAAGGCCGAGAAGAAAGCCGAGCAUCAAAAGCGGAUCGAAUACAAAGCUGCGCAGAAGCUCAUCCAAGCUCGCGAAGAAACACAAUCCGUUGCCUCGUCCCGGCGUUCUCGCCGCUCACACUCCUCCCGCCAUCACAAAGAUAGAGCUCUUACUACUCGUCCUCCUCGAACCCAUAGAAACCUUUCGCACAUCGAAGAAGGCAGCGUAGCCUCCUCAAGACGAAGUCGCAGCAGCGAGCCCCGCGCUCGUCAAUCGAUCAGUCAUCGAGAUCAUGCCGACUAUCGCGCGCCGUACUUGGAAGAUACAGAUCAGUACGCUCCAAACCCCGGUAUUAUCCGUCGACAUUCGGAUUUCUCAGUGCACGGAGGGAACCAGAUGGCUGAGCGUGCCCCUCCACCCUAUCGCAGCGUCUCGAAUCCUGACUUCCACGACAAUAUUGACAUGAACCUGGCAUACGGCGAGCUGCACCACCCCCCGAGGUCACCCGUCGAAGAGGAUAGAGAGUUGCAAGCCACGAUGUCGAAACUGGACGCACUACUCCUCGAAGCGCAUUGUUUACAGCACUCGGCUACGGCUAUAAUUUCAAAUUUGCAAAGCAACCCCGAGGCCAUGGCAGCCGUUGCAUUAACGCUUGCCGAGCUCUCAAAUAUUCUCAAGAAGAUGAGCCCCGCCAUCCUUGCCGGGCUCAAGACAUCAUCACCUGCCAUCUUCGCCCUACUCGCAUCCCCACAAUUUUUAAUCGCUGGUGGGCUGGCGCUGGGUGUUACGGUUGUUAUGUUCGGCGGCUACAAGAUCGUCAAACAGAUACAGGCGAGUAACGAUGCGAAGAGGGAAGCUAAUCGCAUGGAAGAGGCCAUGGUGUACGAUAACUUUGAGAUGGGCAGCAUUGAGAGCUGGAGACGCGGGAUUGCGGAGGUGGAAGUGCAGAGUGUUGGUACAAGCGUAGAUGGGGAGUUCAUCACCCCAGAAGCCGCAAGGCAGAAGAAAGAGAGGAUCCGGGAACGUGCGAGGGAGGAGCGUCAUAGACACUCCGGGGCGGAGAGCGUUGUCAGCGAGAGAAGCCAUAGGAGCCACAGGAGCGUCAGAAGACGCGGCAGCGAGGGAACCAUCCAGGCUACAGAGGUUUCCGUCAAGUCAACUAGUAAGGCUCGUCCCGCCCCAUCUGAGAGCGGGAAGACCUCGAGGAGCGAGAGAAAGCGAAAAGAAAGUAAAGGCAAAGAGGUUCAAGUCGUGACCAAGGAGAAGAAGAAGAAGAGCUCAGCGUUAUCGCUACUCUUCAAAAAGCACAAGGAUCAGGUGAAGGACAGCGAGUCGAGUGGGCAUUCGAGGAGUCACCGGCCGAAGAUGAUUGAGAUAUGA